UCAGCAAAUUUUUCUGAAAAAUUUUGCAUUUUGCACUGCUUUGCUCUCACAUCAAUUGUUCUCACACAGAUUUACUUAUGGAUGGCCAUUAAAAUAAAAAUGCCUCCAAAAUUACAAAAAUUAUCCGAUAAGGUGGACAUGGUCUUCGCUUCCUUCCGUAGAUACUUUAGCAUGAAGCAGCAAAGCUCCAAGGUCCAGCUUUUGUACGACCACUGCAACAAGAUCUUCACGCCUUCCGGAACACCUCGUCCUUCUUCUCAAGCCUUACAGAAGCUCUCUUCAGUUCUUGACACUGUUCAACCAGCUGAUGUUGGGCUUAAAGAGGAAACUUCAGAUGAUGAUCGAGGCCAUGGAUUCUUUGGAAUUACCCAACUGAAUAGGGUAGCUCGAUGGGCUCAACCAAUAACAUAUGUGGAUAUUCAUGAAGGUGACAGUUUUACGAUGUGUAUAUUCUGCUUUCCUACUUCUUCGGUGAUUCCACUCCAUGAUCACCCGGGGAUGACUGUAUUUAGCAAACUCCUCUAUGGUUCUUUGCAUGUGAAAGCUUAUGACUGGGUCGAGCCUCCCUGCAUUGUAGAAAACAAGGAACCUGGAAGUGCUCCAGUACGACUGGCGAAGUUGGCAGUUGAUAAAGUUUUGACUGCACCAUGCGAGACAUCAGUUCUGUAUCCAAAGGAAGGUGGUAAUCUGCACUGUUUCACGGCAGUGACCCCCUGUGCUGUGCUAGACAUUCUCGCACCUCCUUACAGUGAAGAUGCAGGAAGGAAGUGCACAUACUAUCACGAUUAUCCUUAUUCAGCAUUUGCAACGGGAAAUGGAUCUAAGGUAUGUGAUGGAAAAGAGGAGGAAUAUGCUUGGCUUGCUGAGAUAGAAACGCCUAGUGACCUUUCCAUGCGGCAGGGGGUUUACUCUGGUCCGGCUAUCCAGACCUAGCUCUGGCUGUAUGUUUCCCGUUUGAUGUGUGGGUGACAUGAAUGCUGGAAAAUAUCUGCCAUCCUUUUACUCCUGGAGGAUCUAAAGUAAUUAUACGUAGCAUUUUCUGGUGGAUUCCUUUUCGUGUAUGCAUACUUGGGAGUAAAGUCUUGAUUCAGAAUCCGUAUUACCGUAUUUAUCCCUUUUUCUUUUUCUUCGGGAUGUAUCAUCUUUUUAUCCGAGAGUCAUAAAUCCUGUAAAUAUUCAGUCAAAGGUUAUGGCUAUAGUGAUAACUGGAUUUUCUCGUCA